AUGGCGGAAAUAAAUCGCAACUUCAUCGAUCCUCUUCCCUGGCCGGCCCAUACAAACACACUCCCAGAAUCCACCCCCGAAGGACACUGGAAGCACCUUCCACCAUAUGAAGUACAAUCCGAGGAACAGUUUGGUCCAGUCAAGUGGCGUGCAAAGUGUUUCUGUGGAAAUAUCACCUAUCUCUUAAAGCGAGAGAAACCACUCAAUGCCAAAUACUGCCAUUGUCGGGUGUGCCAAGUUACCCACGGAGCUCCUCUUCAAUGGGCGGCUAUUUUCCACAAGGACGAUAUAUCAUUCACCAGUGGUACAAGUGGUUUGGCAUUCUAUUCUUCUACACAUGAAAGUAAGGACCAUGUGUUGCCUACCAAGGUGUCCUGUGGCAAUUGCCGGACACCUAUCAUGGAUGAAGGCCGGAAUAUGUGUUUGAUCUUCCCUGAAUUGAUUGAGCUCGAGGGAUCUAGUCAGCAGCGAAGAGAGAAGAGGGAGAUCUUUAAGCCGACAUGUCAUAUCUUCUAUAAGUCACGCGUGCUAGAGUUUGCUGAUGGUCUCCCCAAGUGGAGUGGAAUGGAGAAUUCCAGUGAACAAGUGGAUGACCACGGUCACCGGAUUGGAAUUGAGAAAUGA